AUGAAGUGCCUAAUUCUUUUAUGCAUUGUUUUGGCGAUGGCUUUGGCUCAAGAAGAGAUUUUUAAAAUCCAGACGAUCUCUCCGAGUGGCAGGAGUCAAGUCAAUUCUCCGUUCGCUUACGGAUCAAGACCUCAGUUUAGAGUGAGUUUGAUAAAAAGAAGAAGCAUUAUUUUUUCAAUUUGGAGAAUAGAGAGUCUUUUUUAGGUGUAAAAUAAAAAAUUCCAACAAAAAAUUACAAUUGUCUUGAGGCAGAAUUAAGAAAACUUUUCUAUUAUCAUCUACAAGGUCCAAAACUCCCAGAAAAGGAGAAAAUUUUGGGUUUUCAAAGAUUAAAAGCCCUGUUAAUGUCAUCAAAACAACGCUGCUUAUUUAAAAAAUGAAAUUAUUUUUCAACUUGAACAAAAUCAUGUUUUCGUUUUCAGCAAUACGGUGCCUACAACGCCGGCGCUCAGGACAGUCUCUACCAAGCCCAGAACACCCAGUACGGGUUUGCGAACGGCGGCGGUGCCGGAGGGCAGCGUCCCUUUGGAGGGCAAUUCCAGGACAGUCAAGAGCUGAACGGCCGUUUCAACGACCCCCAGGGCAACCAGCGAUGGAACUCGGCGUCGACCCCGAGUUCGACCAUCGUUUCCCUAAUUUUCAUGUUUUUCUCGGCUCUUUUGGUCGGCAAAUUCUAA